AUCGAAUAGUAAAAAAUACAGUUUAAACAAACACACACGUCGACAAAAAAAACACACACACACACAUCAGCAGCAGCGUAUGCCUAACCUUCUAACUCGUUGAGAAGGUGUUGACUUUUGUCGUUCAAGUCCUUCGACUUCUGUAUACUUUCGCUGAAUGUCACUGUGGCGCUUAAUCGAAUCCUCUCGAUAAAGACUCGUCCUUUUGUUGUCUAAAUCGUAAUCGAAAAUUGCGAGUGUUUCCGUAGCUUUAGCUUCGAAAUCACCAAAGAGGCUUUUGGAAGAGAAGCUCAUCUCUCUCUUGGAGUCAUGUAAAACCCAAAAACACCUUCUCCAAAUCCAGUCACAGGCUUUAGCUCAUGGAUUAGAAGACAAUGAUUACGUCGGUCCGAGAAUCAUCUCCACUUGCUGCCGGGUCGCGAGAAUCGAUCACGCACGCCAGGUGUUCGACGGAAUGCCUCAACCAACUGUUUCUAUUUACAACGCCAUGUUAAAUGGGUACACGCAAAACGACAUGUACAAUGACCUUUUGCUGUUGUUCAAGAGGAUGAGAAGGAACGAUGUGAUGCCUAAUUGGUUUACUCUCCCUGUCGUUUUGAAAGCUUGCGUGAUGGUCAAGGAACUAAGGCAAGGAGAGGAGUUACAGUGCUUUUCGAUUAAAACAGGGUUUAGAUCAAACCCUUACGUAGGAACGAAGCUGAUUGAGUUGUACUCGUGCGCAGGAGUGUUGGCAUCGGCUAAUAAAGUGUUCUGUGAGAUGGCUGAGAGAAAUGUAGUUACUUGGACUUCGAUGAUCAAUGGGUAUAUACUGAACAAGGACUUAGUCUCUGCUCGGCGGUUUUUCGAUCUGUCUCCUGAGAGAGACACAGUGUUAUGGAACACUAUGGUAGCUGGCUAUAUCCAAACGGGGAACAUGAUGGAAGAAGCUAGGAGUCUUUUCGAUUUGAUGCCUUGUAAGGACAUCAUGUCGUGGAACACAGUUUUGGAGGGUUAUGCAAAUAGUGGAGACGUUGAAGCUUGUGAGAGAGUUUUCGAAGAGAUGCCGGAGAGAAAUGUGUUCUCUUGGAAUGGUUUGAUCAAGGGGUAUACUCAAAGUGGGAGGCUUGAUAAAGUGUUGGGUUGUUUUAAGAGAAUGGUAGAUGAAGAUAAGGUUGUUCCCAACGAUGCAACUUUGACUUCAGUGUUAUCAGCUUGUGCGAAGCUAGGAGCUUACGAGUUCGGGAAGCGGGUGCAUAAGCAUGGAGAGGGUCUUGGGUAUGAUAAGGUUAAUGUGAACUUCAUGAAUGCUUUGGUUGAUAUGUAUGCAAAAUGCGGAGCUAUAGAGAUGGCUAUGGAAGUCUUUAAUACCAUAAAGAGAAGAGAUUUGAUAAGCUGGAACACUGUGAUCAACGGGUUAGCUUCACAUGGACAUGGAACCGAGGCCUUAGUUUUAUUCCGUGAGAUGAGAACUUGCGGUGUUAGACCGGACAAGAUAACGUUCGUAGGUGUUCUAUGUGCUUGUAGACACAUGGGUUUGGUUGAAGAUGGGUUAGCUUAUUACAACUCCAUGUUUACUGAUUACUCAAUCACGCCUCAGAUAGAGCAUUGCGGUUGUAUGGUUGACUUACUCUCCCGUGCUGGACUUUUAACACAAGCUGUUGAGUUUAUAAACAAAAUGCCGGUGGAAGCUGAUGCUGUUAUAUGGGCCACUUUGCUUGGAGCUUCGAAGGUUUACAAGAAGGUGGAGGUUGGCGAGCUUGCUCUUGGAGAGCUGGUUAAGCUUGAGCCGAGAAACCCGGCUAAUUUCGUGAUGCUCUCGAACAUAUAUGGUGAUCUUGGGAGGUUUGAUGAUGCGGCCAGGCUAAAAGUUGCUAUGAGAGACACUGGUUACAAGAAAGAAGCAGGUGUUAGCUGGAUUGAGACUGAUGAUGGUUUAGUGAAGUUCUAUUCUUCUGGAGAGAAGCAUCGUAGAACAGAGGAAUUACAGAGGAUCUUGAGAGAGCUGAGGAACUUCAGUAUCUUGCUUGAUGACGAAGAAGAAGAACUUCAAGAACAUUUGAUCUAAUCUUGGAUUGUGUUGAAAUACUUGUUAUGGUGUCAGUUUCAAUUUGCUAGAAAGCAUAAUAAGUCUCUUACCCUCUAUAGUAGGAUACUUCUUACAGUCUCUUGCUCUUUACAUAGUGACCACAAGAAGAAGCCUUUAUUAAAGAUCUCCCACGAUCACUUUGUUGUUAUACAAAAAGAGGUUUGAUACAUUCUGUAAUACUGGUGUAUUGUCCAAUUACAACUUUUGUUUUCUGUAAUACUGGUGUAUUGUCCAGUUACAACUUUUGUUGUGAUGCUUAGAUUCAGUUACAAGUUGAAUUGACUUCAUUGGAGACCAAACUCGACAUGAUCAUCGAGGAGAAAAUUAAAGGCUCGGGUCUGAAGUUCUAGAGUUCUAUACUUGUGUACGUGUGACUUAUGCAAACCGGCACUGUCUCAUAUUGCUAAAAGCCGGUUUGUGCUUAUCUUGAAUGCAUUGUAAUAAAACUAAACUUGUGUAUCAAAGCGGUUUUCAGUAAAGAAAUAAACAAGGUUUACAAACUUCCUAUCACGUCACGUGAAGGAGAAUCGCUAAAACCAAAA